AUGCAGCGCCUUUGGUCCCGCGCCGCUCCGGCGCAAUCAUCCUGCCGAUGCGUCUCUUGCCUGAGCACUGGCGCAAGCGGCAUCACAUCUCGCGCAGCGUCAGCAGCGAGCAAGAGACGCCUCAGGAUUGGAAACUCAGUUACAGCGCUGUACACCAGCAUCUUCGCCGCGGCAGCUUUAGCGGAUGCCCAAGCGAAAGACAGACGUCGCUUGGAAUGGAAGGAGAAGAUUGAGGCUGUGAAGGAGGAGGUCAGUGAGUUAGUCGACGAGGAACAGCGUAUUCUGGCGGCGAUCAUGUCGCGGCGGAAGAAGAAGGUUUUCAAUGGCACACUACAGAUCCGGCAGUACAGCUCUCUCGCACCGUCAAUACCCGAUCGAUUCAAACGGCCUCUGUCAACCGCCGCUCCCUCGCCUCGCCUCGAAUAUACGAAUGCCGGAAUCAAUGACGGUACGGAUGAUCUUAUGGACGAGCUCGACGUGGGCCGGAAUAACAACGAGGGGGAGAAUUUCGCCAACGGAAAGGAAAUCCCGGACAUCAAAGAGUUCAUUCCAGAGACGGAAGACCCAUUAGUGGAAGGUACCAGCAAAGAUGCUGGAUUGGGUCUAGAGGAUGACACCAUACCAGACUGGCUAUCGUUCGACUUGGUGCGACAGAAAUGCAUACGGAAACUUGCAGUCAAGCAGCUAGCCAUUCGGUUUCUGCUCCGUCCCGCAAUCGCACACAGUUACAUGGGUCUUCGGAUGUCGUACCACUUCGACUAUACGGUGCCCCAGAUGAACGUGAAUGACCUGAUUGAAGAGCUGAACUCGCUCCGGAAACGGAUACGGCAAUUGAAGACAACGAAGGAUGCGUAUAUUGACGAUCUCGCACAAGAUCUGCAUGCGAGUAACAUGAAAGAGCUCUCCAAGCAGCGCUCAAGACUCGACCAGGAGCUCCGCCAUGAUACAGAAGAGUACUUGGACGGGAAGAUGAGUCUCCCCGAGCUUCUUUUGAGACUGGCGAACAAUCUCCUACAAGCCUCUGACCCUGAUCGCCCAUAUGCCAUGAGGACGAUGCUUACCACGUUCGCCAAGGCUCGUCAAAAUGACUUGGGUGACUUGGUUCUGAAAGCCAUGUUGCCCAACAAGUUCCCUCUGAACUCUUCUCUCAUCCUGUCCAUUAUGCACUUCUACCGCAAGUCUAAAAACCUGAAAGGCUUUGACUUGUUCCUGGAAAUGAUUCGCGGUGAUCGGUACCCGGUCGAUAUGCAACAACUCGGGUACUACAGGCGCGCAGUGAUCAACGGUGUUGAGAUCUCUGUUCCCCCAGUGCAGUCAGCCAAUGCUGUGACCUGGUCCACACUGAUUAUUUGUUGUCUGCGCUUUGAUCAGCCGGAUCGCGCUGACGCCUACCUCCAAGCAGCGAGACAGCAUGGAUACAUGGACGAUUUCACAACACUCAACACCUACUUGAGAUACUAUGCUAUCCGGUCUGACUGGGACAAGGGACUGCAAGCCAUGAAGCGGGCUUUGGCUUACAUGGCGUCAUCAACAGAACAUCGGGAAAUCCGAAUUGAACGGCUGAUCGCACGCAUGGUGCAUCUCUGCGAUGAAUGUGAGCGAUACGAUGUUUCGGAUGCCAUUAUUUCCGCCGCAAUGGACAGCGGUUUCGACCCAACAAUCGCCCAAAAGCAGAGGGACAUUGAGUUUUCGGCAGACCCCGAGCUGCGUCGAUGGCACGUUGCGGGUGAUGCUGCUCUAGACGACAACCGGAGCAAGCCCCUCUGGGAGAGAAUCUAUGCCUUCGUCAAUGAAAUGAGCCAACAGAUAAACAGCCUAUCAGAGAAACGGCCCGCCAACCAAUGGCAAAAGUUGAUGGAUACAUACUCGCAGGAGGUACUAUCAGCCGUGCACUCUGGCAUUCCUGAUAAGUACAAAGUUUCGGGCAGGACACACGGAGACAGCUCAAAAGAAUUGCUCAACGCAACUGAGCAGGAGAAGGGCCAACCAGACGAGUCUAUCGCGGAUGUUCAGCAGCAAGAGAUCAACUCGUUGAAGGACGAGGUGGCGCAGCUGAAGCGGAUGGUCUUCGAGUUAACAACCAAAACCGCGAGUAACGGCCUGGAUCUGCCCGAAAGCUCAUCUGUCGAUCUGGGACACCUGAAGACGCAGCUUUCUACUGCUAGGCCGGUUCCCGAGAUGACACCCCGAAAAAAGAGUGUCCGGGUCUACCGAUGA